UUUAUUAAGAUUACAAACUUUUACUUCUCAUCGUCAUUUAAUAAAAUGUCGAGUCCUCUACAGAAAAACGAGGCGGUGAACCAAAAAUGGCACGGGUCGGUGGGAGGAAUAGUAGAUGCACCAAUAGACGAGGUGUGGAAAAUAGUGUCACAAAGCAGUAGAUUGCACGAGUGGAUGCCUAUGGUCGAAAAUUGCACUGAUUUGUCGGGAAAAGAAGGUGUUCCGGGUUAUACCCGUUUAGUCUCGGGUUUCAUGUUCCCACAAAAAGACGAAGAUAGGUCUUGGGUUAAGGAAAGACUUGUACUAAUGGACCCUUUAUCUUACAUUUACGUUUAUCGAAUGGAAGCAAGCAAUGUAGGUCUCGAUGGAUCUUUAAAUUCGUUCAAACUCAUUCAUUAUGGUGAUGAUUCGACACUAGUUGAAUGGACGUUCGAGAUUGAUCCCGUGGAAGGUUUGUCUGAGGAGGGUAUAGUAGACUACUUAGGGUACAUUUAUAAGUCUUGUAUUAAUAGGAUUGAGGGUGCUAUUGAGGCAAAAAAAUCUUGUGUAGCAUUCUUGAAGAAAUUGUGAAUGAUA